CGCUGACCAGAAGCACGGGCUCAUUUCAGAACAAAGUCGGUAUCAUCAUGGUGCUAACAAGAAAUUUCCUCAUUUUAUCCCUCGCGAUUCUAUGUUUUACGCCUGUAGUCCAGGGCUUUGUAGAGGGACUAUAUUGUGGGACAGAGAACUGCUAUGAUGUCCUUGGAGUAACUAGAGAAUCAAAUAAAAAUGAAAUCUCAAGGGCUUACAGAUCGCUUGCCCGUAAAUUCCAUCCAGAUCGGUACAAGGGAGAUGACAAAGAAAAUGCUAUAAAGAAAUUUCAACUCAUUGCCACUGCUUAUGAGACUCUCAAAGACCCAGAGCAGCGCAAUGACUAUGACUACAUGUUGGACCAUCCAGAGGAGACUUAUCGGCAUUACUACCAUUAUUAUAGACAUCGUAUGGCACCCAAAGUGGAUGUCCGAAUUGUCGUGGCUGUUAGCAUCACUAUUGUGUCAAUACUACAGUACCUUCAUGGCUGGUCACGCUAUAAUGAGGCUGUUCAAUAUGCACUUUCUGUUCCAAAGUACAGAAAUAAGGCAAUACAGAAAGCACAUGAAGAUGGUUUACUGAAUGGUCUCAGGAAGAGAGGAAAGCGCUCCAAGGAAGAAAUGAAGGAAGAGGAAGAGUCUAUUUUACGCAGUGUUGUAGAAAGCUCUUUAGAGAUAAGAGGGGGGCAUUGCAAGCCAAGUAUAAUGGAUGUACUCUGGAUUAGGAUUGUAUUAUUUCCCUACACAUUGGUGAUGUAUAUUACUUGGCUGGUGCGCUGGUACUGGAAAUUCACUAUCAAGGGUGAGGAGUAUGGAGACGAGGAGAAAAUUUACAUUAUGAGGAAAAACAUGGGAAUCUCCAGCACACAGUGGGAGGCUUUAGAAGAAUCACAAGUGGAAUACUUCUUCAAGCGGGAGCUUUGGGUACAACAUAAUUUCGAGGAAUACAAAGAAGAGCAAGAAGAAGAAAUGAGACAAAAACUCGCACAGAACAAUAAGUACAAAGCAUACAGGCGCUACAUGAAGAAGGGAGGCCCUGGCCAGAUGACUUUCAUGGAGGAUGAGUAGACUUUAGGUAGAAUACACAAUAUUGACAUAAAUUAACUAUAUUAUGCAGCAGCUCUUUUAAGUUGAAGAGUUCAAGAUCCACCGUAUUAGUAAGGAUCCAGGGGAAGAGAUCUAAUGACCCCCCUCCCCCCCUAGAAUUAGAUGAACUCUACAAAUUCGCCUCUGCUCAUGUUUGAUAUAUUGGUUCCCCCCAACCCUUCGAGAUAUACUGGAUCCGUGCCCCCAUCUCCCCCCCCCCCUCCCCACCCCCCUUCCCAAACCUUUAAAGCCUUAAAAUAUUAAGCCUUGCUUUAUUUUCCUAGUGGGGUUAAAUAAUCAGGAAGAACAAUAUUUUUGCUGUACAACGACUUAAGAUUUAUAACCACGAAGUGGAGUUGAAAUGCGGAUAGCGGUUUGAUGUCUAUUUAUAUUGAAAACGCUUUAUUUUAAGUAUGGAAGACAAAGAGUACGGUAGAACUUUGAUUGUUACAAUAAUACCAGCCACUCUCUAUUUUUAUUACUAAGUAAUAUGUCAUAUCUCUCUAUUACGGAUACCAUUGGACUGUGAUUUAUUGUCCGAUAAACAGUCAACUCUGUCCGGUAUCGUGAAAGUCCACUUUCUGUCAUGAAAGUGGUACGUAAUAGCGGGCUGUCUGUUAGAGGGGUAUCAGCAAGGCGAGUGUUGACUACAGUGAUACGUAAUAGCGGGCUGUCUGUUAGAGGGGUAUCAGUAAGGCGAGUGUUGACUACAGUGAUACGUAAUAGCGGGCUGUCUGUAAGAGGCGUAUCAGUAAGGCGAGUGUUGACAGCAGUGGGAAUUAUUAUUGAAGCUGAAUAUUUCUAUUAAUAAAAAUGUGUGCGCGAAAA